AUGCCGGACGGACGCCCCGAAUUGCAGCAUCAACGACGCUUAAAGAGGUUUUCCCUGGACAGCUUUAGACCUAGUGAUGCUAAUAGGCAUCUUUACCAGGACACUGGCCUCACCAUUGUCAACAGCGUCACUAGCGUGACAAACGUUGCACGAGGGUGGGGAUGGGCCAGCUUUUCUUACUACGAUCUUGGCGCGGCAACGGCCCAGUCAGCAGACACGGGACUGGCGCGGAAACUUAAGGGACGGCAUUUACAAAUGAUUGCCAUUGGGGGGGCGAUAGGCACGGGGUUAUUCGUGGCAUCUGGAAGAGCACUACAAGCCGGAGGUCCCGCCUCUCUGCUAAUAGCCUUCUCCGUUGUUGGCGUAAUGCUGUUUUGCACAUGUCAGGCGCUUGGUGAGCUAGCAGUCAUCUUUCCUAUUAGUGGAUCAUUUUCCUCGUGGGCAACACGGUUUUUGGAUCCUUCAUGGGGAUUUGCUAUGGGCUGGACUUACGCGCUACAAUGGCUUAUCACUCUGCCAAUUGAGAUCAUUGCGGCAUCUUUAACUAUUCGCUACUGGACUGGCAAACCACCGAGUGCUAUAUUUGUAACCGUGUUUCUAGUUGCAAUUAUAUUUAUUAACCUCUUCGGCAUUAAGGGAUAUGGCGAAGCCGAAUCCUUCUUCUCCAUUAUCAAAGUUAUUGCUGUUAUUGGAUUUAUAUUACUUGGAAUUGUUUUGAAUUGUGCGGGAACUCCAGAUCGCGGUUAUAUCGGCGGCGAGUUCUGGCGUGACCCUGGCGCAUUUAAUAAUGGGCUUGGAGGACUGUGUAGUGUAUUUGCGACUGCGGCUUUUGCCUAUAGCGGAACGGAGCUUAUUGGCCUAGCUGCUGCUGAAACAGCCAACCCGCGAAAAUCCAUUCCCGCUGCUAUCAAGCAGGUGUUCUGGCGAAUUACGAUUUUCUACGUCGCAGCCCUUACGCUCGUGGGCUUAUUAGUCCCGCACGAUAAUCCACGUCUACUAGAUGCUAAUAGUAGUGUGGACGCAAGAGCCUCUCCCUUUGUAAUAGCAAUUGAGAUGGCGGAAAUACAAGUCCUCCCUUCGGUAAUGAACGCCGUUAUCCUUGUGUCAGUCUUAUCAGUAGGUAACUCGGCCAUCUUUGGUUCCUCACGAACACUUGCCGCCCUGGCAAACCUAAACCAGGCACCAAAACUGCUGGGAUAUGUGGACAAGGCUGGCCGACCGUUGGUCGCCAUUGCCUUGGCCGCUACGGUUGGUCUUCUGGCCUAUCUUGCCGAUGUACAGGAUCAGGGUCGGAAAAACAUUCUAAACUGGCUUGUCGCGAUUUCUGGACUAUCAACGCUACUAGUCUGGGGUACUAUUACUCUCUGUCAUAUUCGUUUCCGCCGUGCCUGGGCCUAUCAUGGCCGUUGCGUUGGGGUAAUACCUUUCACAUCCCAAGCUGGUAUAGCAGGCUCUUAUCUUGGUCUAAGUCUUAAUAUUCUAGCUCUAUGUGCUCAGUUCUGGGUUGCAGCCUUCCCUAUUGGUUGGGACACUAUGUCAGCCCGUGAAGUGGCUAAAGAAUUUUUUCUUGGGUAUAUGAGUCUGCCCGUCAUCUUACUCUUGUACAUCUUGCACAAGGUUGUCUACAAGACACAAAUAGUGAGGAUUCGUGAGAUGGAUAUUGACACUGGACGGCGAAGUUUAAAUUUACCGACUCUAUUAGCGAAAGAAAAGCAGGAGCGCGCAUUAAUGCCUAGAUGGAAGAGGCUUUACAAGUUUAUGUGCUAA